UCCCUUAAUGACAUCCCAUGUCGUCAUCACGGACAACCCGAUGAACAGCAAUGUCAACCUGGACAACCUGAUGAACAACAAUGUCAUCCCGGACAACCCGAUGAACAGCAAUGUCAUCCCGGACAACCUGAUGAACAGCAAUGUCAUCCCGCACAACCCGAUGAACAACAAUGUCAUCCCGCACCACCAGACGAUCAGUAUUUUCAUCCUGGUGUCAGAUGAAGACAAGCUGGAGAUCCAGAGCCGCACCACUGUGAUUGUGGUGCCCGUCCUUUACUUAAUCACAUUCCUUGUCGGGCUCCCAGCGAACAUCCUGGCCCUGUGGGUGCUGAUCUUCCACACGGAGAAGAUCCCAUCCACCAUCCUCCUCAUCAACCUGACAGUGCUGGAUGUGCUUCUCUUUCUGAUGUUGCCCUUCCGCAUCAUUUACUACUUUGCUGGUUUGAACUGGUUCUUCGGUGAGCCAAUGUGCCGACUAGUCAUAGCUCUGCUCUAUGGUAGCAUGUAUGGUUCGGUACUUACCCUAGCAUUUAUCAGCAUAGACCGGUAUAUAGCUCUGGUGCACCCCUAUAGUGCUCUGACCCUGCGCAGCCAUCGCACCUCCCUGGCCAUGAGUGUGUCUGUUUGGGUGGUGGUUCUGUUGGCCAUGCUGCCUCUGUUACUCUUUCGCCAGUCCUACCCGCUGAGCAACCCUCCCAUUACCACCUGUCAUGAUGCCCAGCUUGAGCCUUUGAUGACCACUUUCUUUUUCCCCUACUACACCAGCCUUUUCAGUAUUUGCUUCUUGCUCCCUCUGCUGGUAAUAGUGUUCUGCCACGGCUCCGUGCUAAAGACCCUUCUGGCCAGUGGGCACCGCUACUCCCACGCUGCCUGCCUCACCGCCCUGGUCUUGCUGGUCUUCCUUGCAUGUGUCCUGCCCAGCAACAUCCUCCUGCUUCUGCAGUGCAUAGGCAAAAAGCACAACCUCAAUGUGCCUUAUAUAGUCAGCCUGGCCUUCAGCUGCUUUGGUCCCUGCAUUGAUCCCUUCAUCUACAAUUAUGUGUCUGAUGAAUUCAGGGGCAAAGUUCUCAGGGUGCUCUGCUGCCACCGUGCUGAGCAACAAGUAUCCCCCAAUAACUGCGACAUACAUUUGACAAGCAGCAGCCAAUCCCAGAGCACAGAUGAAAAUGUGCCAGGAGGUGUGAUGCAGAAUAAAUCUAAAGUAAUUUUGCAUGGGAAGUUUAAAACAUGUCUUAAAGAUGUAAUUGUUGGAUAAAAAAAUAUUUACACACACUGUACUAGUGACAAUUAGCUCACUAUCUUAUUUAAACAGACCAGUGAGUUUUGUCAUCAUCACGAUUCCUCCAUCAAGUUCCAUAACUCAAAGCACUUAAAUAUACAUAUUAUACACAUUUUCUCAAACUUUCAGAAUAGGAACCAAACCUCCUUGGCUAUUUCUAGACAUGACACCCCAAAAGACUUAAUAUAUCACAAAAGAUGCAGAAUAUCAGUAUAAUAUAGACAUAUUUUAAGUUAGCUUGCAGCACUGGAAAUUCCCCUUACUGAGCUCAGGACCUAGUCAAUACAAUCACACAGCUUAUGAUGUGAACUGAAGGUUAACCAGUUAAUAAUGUGCUAGUUAGGUUGUAAUCAUUUUGCUGGAGGCUACACACAUUAUUAUCAUGAUGAAAGUGUGAAAUUAUACCCAAUGUUAUGUAAGGUAGUUGAACAGAAAACAGAAUACUGUCACUCCAUGUGUAGUAGCAUAGCAAGCAACGUAGCAACACAGGCUAACAAACAUACUACUGGCUAACAAACACACUAGUGUUAUAUCAUUUGUCUUUGUUUUGACCCCUCGUGGUCCCUGUGUUUCCUGGUUCCUUUUCUGUAUUCAGUCUGUAAUAAAAUCCUUUACAUUCUCUGUGUUCCAUCGUGGCACUAGCCCAUUUCAUUACAUGUAUAUUUAAUAUACAUGCUACAUGCUUUUA